AUGAUCACACCCUUCAUCAAUCAACUUCAUUCUAAACUGAGUUUACUUUCAGAUCAUCCUAAUGUCAAACAUUCAUCUCAAGACAAGAUCAAACCCUCUUCGAUUCAUCCAUUCUUAAGUGGAAACUUUGCUCCAGUCCAUAUUGAACAUUCUUUAACACUUUGUCAAUUCUCAGGUGGUUUACCUGAUGAACUAGUAGGUGGUCAAUACUUGAGGAAUGGUGCUAAUCCACUUCAUUUACCUACUCCUGAUCAACCUUAUCAUUGGUUUGAUGGUGAUGGAAUGAUUCAUGGUGUUUAUUUCUCUUCAUCCUCUGCACCACUCUAUGUGAAUCGAUUCGUGGAUACUGAUAUUUAUCGAGCCAGUAAACGUCGUGGAAAUUCAAUCUUACCUUCAAUUGCUUCACUCAUCUCACCCAUCAGCUCUCCUGCUUCUCUUCUAGCUACUAUUCUUCGAGCUGUCUUUAUCAAUUGGCUAUCGAAUGUUUCUCGACUCACAGUGGCCAAUACUGCUCUUGUCUUUCACGAUCGACGGUUAUUAGCUACAUGCGAAUCGGGUCCAACUGUGGCUAUUCAUGCUCCUCAACUAGAUACCAUCGAUUAUCAUGUCUUUCCGGAUGAAGCGACUGGUAAAAACGGUUUAGGUCAAGCGCCUUUGGUCGUAGGUGCUGAAUCUACAGCAGCAGGUCAUCCUAUCGGUGGUAUGCUAGAAGAAUGGACAAGUGGUCAUCCAAAGGUCGACCCGAUCAAUGGCGAGCUAGUCUUCAUUGGUUGUAAUAUCUUUGCUCGACCUUUUGUUACUCAUUCUGUAGUCUCUCAUACCGGUCAUCAUGUCUCUUUCAAAAAACCUAUCCAUGACGUCAUUCAACCCAAGAUGAUGCAUGAUUUCGGUGCAUCUCAUGGUCAUACCGUGAUUCUUGAUUUACCUCUUACGAUGGAUCCCAUCAAUUUACUCAAACCAGGUGCCCCACCGAUUGUUCACUUUGAUCGAACACUUUCUAGUCGAUUUGGUGUUUUACCUCGUUAUGAUCCGACUGCUACUCGAUGGUUUACCGCUUCACCCUGUUUGAUUCUUCAUACUGCUAAUACUUGGGAUUCGACUAGAUCUUCAACUUUACGUGAUUUAGGACUUCGAUCUAAAGAAUCUGAACAUGAAAAUUAUGUUGCAGUCAAUAUGCUAGCCUGUCGAUUUCGAACUGCUAAACUGGUUUACACGGCUGGUGAUCUAGAACCUCCUUUGGCCGAACAGACAGAUCAAGAUAUCGUUAGACUUACUUAUUAUCGAUUCAGCUUGAGUGAAGAUGAUCCGCUUUGGUCUGGUCCAGAUUCUAUCACUCAACCUUCUCACCUCUUUGCACUUUCAGCUAUCCCCUUCGAAUUCCCAGUACUUCCUCCGAAUAAGUUGAUGAGUGAAGUUCAAUGGGUUUAUGGCUGCUCAAUGGCAUCGGGUAGUUUUGAUGCAGGUCUUCGUGGUGGUGCACGUCCUAAUGUUCUAGUGAAGAUGAAUGUACGUGAAUUAAUCAAACGUGGUAUAAAAUCAGUCAAAUCAGGCAAAACCGGACCCAAAGAUCAAGACGGAAUUUUUGAAGUAGACUCAAGAACGAUGCCAGACCUACUUAAAAGUGAACCAGACUCAUCAAUCCGGUUACUAGAAUUACCCAAAGGAUUUUACUUACAAGAACCGAGUUUUAUCCCAAGAAAAGAAGCUACAAGAGAAGAUCAAGGAUGGUUAGUUUGUUAUGUGUUUGAUGAAAACCAAUUAGAAGAAAACGGACAAGCCUCUUUGAAAGCGUAUUCAGAACUAUGGGUUUUAGAUGCCGAAUUGAUUGGAGAAGGUAGAUCAUGGGAAGAAGUUUUGGUUUGUAGAGUUAGAUUACCUUCGAGAGUUCCUUAUGGAUUACAUUCUACUUUUCUUAAUUCUGAAGAAAUCCAAAAUCAACGUUCGAACUCAAGAUCAAACGUUAGGCUUCAUGAGCAUGAAAAGAAUGGUAAAGUCGUUCUGGCUUCAAGGUUUCAGGAGGGUUUGGUUUGGGUCUUUGGUGGUGAAGAUGAAUUGGAAGAUUUAUAA